AUGGCAAACAUUGCUGGUUACAAGGCUGUUCUUGAGGCUUCAAACCAUUUUGGUCGUUUCUUGACCGGUCAAGUCACCGCUGCAGGCAAGAUUCCCCCGAGUAAGGUUCUGGUCAUUGGAGCUGGAGUCGCGGGAUUGAGUGCCAUCGCUUCGGCUCGCCGACUCGGCGCCAUCGUGCGUGGAUUCGACACUAGACCUGCGGUUCGCGAACAAGUCCAAUCUCUUGGUGCCGAGUUCAUCGAAGUUGGCAUCCAAGAAGACGGUUCUGGUCAAGGCGGCUACGCGAAGGAAAUGUCCAAGGAGUUUAUCGAAGCGGAGAUGAAACUAUUCCUCGAGCAAUGCAAGGAGGUUGACAUCGUUAUUACGACAGCCCUCAUUCCGGGAAAGCCAGCUCCGAAGCUCAUCACGAAGGAGGUAAGCAUAUUACUACCAAAGAAAAGUAGCGACCUAACAUACCAUAGAUGA